GCCUGCCUUCUUUGCUUUCAGUCUCAGAGCUGGUGUCUUGCAGAGAAGGAGGAGGGGGCCGGGAAAGGAUUGUCUGAAUUUUUUUGUCUGUGUGUGUUUUGGGAGGGGGUGCUCGGAGCAGAUAGAGGUGCUGCUCUGCUCUUGUCUUUGUAGUGUCGCGGUGGGGGGGCGAGGAAGGAGUUUUUUUUUCCUGUUCCUGAAUCCAGUCACUCUCUGCCUUGGAAGAAGCGAGGACGAGCUCUCCUUUCCUCUCAAGUUUUGCUGGUCGCGUGGAGGGGAUAUUCCAGUGUGGCCCCUACGCCUGGGCUCCGGGGAGGCUUCCACCUGCUCCGCUCUGGGGCACACACUCACACUGACACGCUCACAUUGCUGUGCCUAUGCAUGCCGCACCGUUCUGUGCCGGGACUGCAACUCCAAACUUCUGCCCCCUUCACAAGUUUCACUGAUGUUCCCAGUCGUUGCAUGGAUUCUGUCAGUGGCAGCUCGCUCCUAGGAAGAUACUUGGAACGUAUCCUGAGGUUCUAGAAAUAAGUCAUGAUGGUGGAAUCUGCCUCUGAUUCAAUACGAUCUACUCCAACCAGUCAAAAUGGAGUAAGCAGUCUUCCCAACCAGUCUGAAGGAGGUGGAGUACGAGAGGCGAAUCCAAGUGGAGAGAGUAAUGGAGAGUUAAAUACAGCAGAGCUCCUACAUUUCCAGCAGCAACAGGCAUUGCAGGUGGCACGGCAGCUUUUGUUGCAACAGGCAACAGGGCUAAGUACCCCAAGCAGCACAGAAAACAAGCAGCCUUCAGUUCAGGUACCCGUUUCAGUGGCUAUGAUGUCUCCACAGAUGUUAACCCAGCAUCAGAUGCAGCAGAUUUUGUCUCCUGCACAAAUCCAGGCAGUUCUGCAGCAGCAGCAAGCACUUAUGCUGCAGCAGCUUCAGGAAUAUUAUAAGAAGCAACAAGAACAGCUACACCUCCAGUUGCUCUCACAGCAGCAGUCAGGGAAACAGCAGGCCAAAGAGUCAGCGCUGAGUAAUAAACAGUUGGCAUUCCAGCAGCAGCUUUUACAGAUGCAGCAACUUCAGCAGCAGCACUUGCUAAAUCUACAGAGACAAAGUCUAGUUGGGUUGCAGCCAGGACAAGGGCCUGUUACCAUACCUGGCCUCCCCCAAGCCGUUUCCCCAUCAGAUUUUCAACAGCUCCUAAAAGAAAUGAGUAAUAAUCAAGACGAUUCCAGCAAACAGGAGAACAUCGAACUGAGCUCUACGAUUCCUACCUCAUAUUCAUCCACCAAGGUGUCACCUCCAAUAGUUCACAUGUCGUUACCAAAUGGGCAAAGUGCUCUGCAAAACACACGGCGGGACAGUUCACAUUAUGAGGUGCCUCCCAACUCACACCCCCUUUAUGGACAUGGUGAAUGUCGAUGGCCUGGCUGUGAAGCUCUGUGUGAGGACAUGGGACAGUUUAUAAAGCAUCUGAAUACAGAACAUGCGUUGGAUGACCGCAGUACAGCACAAUGUCGAGUACAGAUGCAAGUGGUGCAGCAACUGGAAAUACAGCUGUCAAAAGAAAGUGAACGCCUGCAAGCCAUGAUGACACAUCUACAUAUGAGACCGUCCGAACCAAAACCCUUCAGUCAACCACUUAACCUGGUUUCCAGUGCAUCUCUUAACAAAAUGUCCCUGGACACCUACCUAGAUGGCUUGCCACAACCCCCAACAUCAGCAACAGCACCCAUCACUCCGGUGCGAGCUGGCACAUCUGUGAUUAGCUCUUCAAGCCUAUCUAGCAUUGGUCCUGUGCGAAGAAGGAUAGUGGACAAAUUCUGUACACCAAUAUCUUCAGAGCUUGCACAGAAUCAUGAAUUUUAUAAAAACGCUGAAGUCCGUCCACCGUUUACAUAUGCCUCACUCAUACGACAGGCUAUUCUAGACACACCAGACAGACAGCUGACUUUGAAUGAGAUCUACAAUUGGUUUACUCGAAUGUUUGCUUAUUUCCGGAGAAACACAGCCACAUGGAAAAAUGCUGUUCGUCACAACCUGAGCUUGCAUAAAUGCUUUGUGCGUGUGGAGAACGUGAAAGGAGCAGUUUGGACAGUGGAUGAGCUGGAAUAUCAGAAGAGGAGGCCGCCAAAGAUGACAGGAAGUCCUACACUUGUUAAAAACAUGAUUUCCGGCCUGGGCUAUGGAGGGUUAAACGCCAGUUAUCAGGCUGCACUCGCUGAGAGUAGUUUCCCUCUGAUGAAUAGUCCUCCAACCCUCAACAGUUCUGGCAGUGGGCUUCAUGGUGGACAUGACGAUGUUACCAGCACUGGAGAGCCUGGAAACAGUAAUGGCAGCAGCCCACGUCUGUCUCCUCAGUACAGUCAAUCGGUUCAUGUCAAAGAAGAGCCAGCUGAAGAGGAAGUAAGGCCUGCCUCCCUCUCCAACCAAAACACAGUGCUGUCAGAGGAAAAUGACUUGGAACCAGAGACAGUUAUGGAAGACUUGUCCUAAUAGUUUCAGCAGCCAGAAGUUACCUCCUCUGCCCCAAAGUCCAGCACUUCCAUCAGAGACCAACAUGACCCUCUACCUUAAUUCUGCUCAGUUGAAGCUGACAAAGACUUCAAACUUGACUGCCUGCCAUCUCCUGGGUCUUCCUCUGUCUGGCAGCACUUCACGUCAAAGACUUAUGGACUGCAGAGUGAACCCCACCAUCCUUUUCUUCUUAACCAGAUAUGGAAAGGGCACUGAUACUUUUGUGACCAUAUUUUUAUUGGGGGGGAGGGAGGGUUAGUAAAUCCCUUGAACACCCCUUUGCAUUAGGGGGGCUAUAAAAUCUUUUCAUAGCAGAAUUUAGGAGAACUGGACUUCUUUCUCCACCCUACAAUGCAACGCAGUACUGGGUGUCCGUUAUGAAGUACCCUUUACUAGCUAUUCUUUUCUGGUUGUUUCUGAAGGUACCAAAAAAGUAGACUUUUGUUUUAUUUAUUUUUUCUGUGUGUUUUGGAUCAGUGUUACUGCUGGCAUUCCUCACACAAAUGUGUGUAUUUGGUACGUACACUCUGAAAUGGAUGCAUACACCUCCAAAAUAACCACCUACAUACAAUUCUAUACAAACACUAGCUUUAGACAAAUGCACAUGACGAAGAACACUGUAGCUUGUGCCUUGGAGGGAAUAUGCGCACCACAUAAUAGGACAAGCGCUGCUUCAUAUGUCUGGAACAUUCAAAACAUUGUUUGCACUCACCUGUUUUUUAGAAAUGCCACAUAGAUAUAUUUUGUAACUACAGUACAUCACUCUCACUAAGGUGCAC